CACAUAAACUGAAAGAAUUUGGCACCGCGCAGCACACUCGGGUGGGUGCUGAGUUUUCGAUUCGAUGUCCUUUAGGACGGAUCGGCCGGUGGCGGCCGAAGGAAAAAUUCGCAACCAGUAGAUCUCGCGCGCUCGCUUGUACAUACGGGAAACUAAUGAGUGUGUGUAUGUGUGUGUGGCUGAGUGUCGGUGUGUAUGUUGCCGUGUACUUGAACAGUGAUAAAGCGCGAGAAAAUUGUACAAUUGUGCGUGUGUACAUCAUCCUUGGCGAACGCGUUCUACGGAAUGCGCCACAUAAAAAAGCCCUCCCACUACUGCCAGGUUGCCAAAGAAAGUAUUGCUUCUGGAGAGGUCCGAAUGAGAGGAGCCAAUGUUUUUGGUCUUUUUUUGCUAUAUAGCUCUCUCCUUUAUCCUUGGUAAGCAGGGCUGGCCUGCCUUUUUUAUUACACUUUGCUUUCUUCCGAAUCUUCCCCACCUUUUUUCCUUCGACGAAGGAACCAUCAUUAGGAAGCGCACCACUACACAAGCGUCCCAACACUUUCACGACUGCUUUUUUUCCUCCUCCCGGUUAUGUAUCCUUUUUUACGUGGUUCGGUUUUUUUACAUACAGCGAAUCUCUUGCGCUGACUCAGGCCUUCUUGAGCGGGAGCCAGCUUCCUCGCGGGUAAGAAAAGAGGAAGAAACCGGAAUUCGCAUCCUUUCUUAGCCCUGCGCGUCUUCGUUUACUUUCGGCCUCUGCCGAAUGGUGGGUGUAUUGGCGAGUUUUUUUUUUUUCUUCUUAAUGUAGCGCCCGUCGUCGUAACCUUUCUUCGCUAUACAUUAUUAUUUUGCUUUCGCCGAAAAACGAGAACAAGACAUUUUGCGGAAUCCUUCGCUAUUCAUUCCGUGACGCAACACCGUGGCCAGCGGAUCAAGUGCUCGCCGAUUACUUUACACAACGGGCAAAGCAAUGAGAAAAUAUAAGCAGAGCUUAACAUAUUCAAAAUUUUUGAGGAAACAUAAACUUUGAUCGGACGUUCUUGAUCGGAUGAUCUUGUGCAACAUAAACUGUGUGCGUGUGCGUGUGUGGAGUGAACUUGCAAAUUAAAAAUAUACGUGAGAAAGGAUAUUUUUACGUGACCUAACAAAGUAGAUGUUUAAAAAAUGUGUAACAAGUUUUAUGAAAUUUAUAGUAGUGACUUCAAUCAAUAUUAGUGAAAUUCUGUGCAAACCUUUUCGAGUUGUGAAGUAAAAAAGAAUUGUUAUAAUAUUUUCCCAGUUCUAACCAUGAUCGCCGCGCUACAAUUGCGCUAAAUUUUAAAAAGAACAUUCGUGAAGUGGUGAACAUCAACCGGAUAAUAGAAAUUAAGAUAUCUCCAGACUAGAGAGCACUCACACAACGAUAGAGCAACUACGACUACUCAACAUUUCGUUCAAGGUAAUCAAACCGUUCGUCGAGCCAUAAUAACACGAUAUCAAAAACAACCCCGUCUCUUCACAAGGCCGCCUUCGCACUGUACCAAUCCAUCCUGAUAGCAAAUAUCGAAAUUCACACUCCCCAAACGUAUCGAACGGCACGAGAAGAGUUGAACGGUUUGGUGAGCCAUCGAAAUUGAAAUACGCAAUACAUGUGCACACAUAUCCACAUCGUUUCGAAUCAGCUGCUGCUGCUUCUGAUCUUGCCUCUGGAAAUCUUGUCACUUUGCCAAGGACGAGCCGCAAAGGAGUACCCGACCCGACAGAAGCGACGAACAAGAUUAUAUACAUUCGGGCAAAUACACUCACUCAACGCACCCGGCCCAGCCCAACCGAACCCAAACCCAUGGUUCAGAAGUUAAUGAAAAUCAAAGUAUAGCGGAGAACUUGUAUCGGAAGAACGGAUACGGCCACAACGGAAGACCGCCACGUUCUCUUCAUCGUGCCGUCAUUUACGCUUCUGCCGAAAGGAGCCGAGAGGACGAUCUCACACUAUUGCACAAACUACUACGACUAACACUAACACUACCACUGUUUCUACCACCACUAUCAUCGCUGGCAUGAGCACCAUGACGACAGGAGCAAGACUCUGCUGAUGGAGAUAAUAAGCACGAAGCAGCGAGAAAUUUUGCAUCAGUUUCGCAGUCGCAAAGGUACGGCGUUUGAGAUGGUCGUCUCGAGGAAACUAAGCCACCAGCCCUAGACGGAGGAAUUACGGAGCGUUCGGUACGGUGUGCGUAGCGACGAUGGAGUUCGAAUAUGUAACCGCAUCAUGCUGGGACCGGUGCGAACGUAGGAAAAGUCUUCGCAAGCCAAAGCAGUAACAGUGAGGAUGCCGCGAUCGGAUUCGUGAGUUGAUAUGAUCUAGCAACAACAAAAAGGCUAAAGUGCAGAUAAAAGUCAAAUGUGCAGUGCGCGGUAAUCAAAAGUUCCAUAUCGUAAGUGUAAGAAAGAAGCAAGUGAUACGAGAGAAUGUGACAUGAGCAGCAACACCAGCAGCAAUGGCAAGUGGAAAAGUAAGCGACCGAGUUCAAGAGCAUUGCUGAGUUUCUGAGGUCCUUAGCAAAACAUCUGCCCGCGUACUUGAAUGCUCGGGCAACGUCUAGUCGUGAAUAAGCGAAACACAAAGUAAUCAAAAAGAAGUACAUCCUAACACCUCACUCGUAUUAAGGAGAAUGUUUUUAGUGCUAGCCUAGGGUAACCAAAAUGAAGUGCAAUACCAAAUACCACUACCAAUAAUUAGCUAAAUUUCACCAUUACGUUCGACAAAUGAAAGUGUGAUCAGAAUUUGUUACAAAAAAGGCGAGGCAAAACGAACGGUGGUUUGUGCGAAGAAAAGGUAACGGCCUGCUAAGAAAAAGGAGUCCCCGUUAGUGAAGGAACGAGCCAGCGAUAGAGAUGGUAGAGCGAGAACGAUUUUUCCCUUCAGCACGGCAAGGAAGAAACGCACCAUUUUCUUGCGCAGCAUUUUGAUCUUUGCAAGAAAAUCUUCGCCUUCAUCUCGACUGCGCGCCCUCGACGACCCGGGGCAGCAGGAGUUGAGAUGCAAAUUGUUCGACUACAACACAACCGGUCCUGUAGACUACGGUACCACUACAAACGCAGCCAGGAACGGCACUCGGUACACACACCACCGCGAGCCCGAUUCUUCCAAGAAUGCUUUGAAUGUGCGGGAGCAUUACUGCGAGAUGUUUUAACGCGGCCGAUAUUAUUUCGUUAACCAGCAGAGUUUUAUAUUUGUUGACCUCCUGAUAGUCUGUUUCCGGAUAAUAUACGGCUUUCUGGCUAGUAUUCCUGUAUCGCGGCAGAGUAAAUCAAAUGCCCAGCGAAAUGGUGUGAAAAAACUGAGCAAUACACUAAAAGAACCGUGCAAAAAGCUAUACCACAAGCGAACCAAGCUUCGUGCUGUCUUAUGCCAAGACAAACUGGGAAAACUCACUCACACACACGAACUCGUUGCUAAAGGCGUGCAUCCUUUCCUUCUGAGAAACCGCCUGAGAAAGUAUGAAAGCGGACCGCCGGAACAUCAGCAAGUUCUUUCCGAAUAAUCGAUAACGACACAAAAAAACAGGAAACACCGUACUACGUUUCCUUUAAUAUUUCCUUGCGAAAAGAAAAAACAAACAACCAGCGUGCAACGAAUAGACAUAAAGCAACACAAUGAAAGAAGCCUCAAUGAUCGAUGCAUUCGAUACAGCGGAUUUUAAUCCAGAACUGAUCCUGUCCAGCGUGUUUCUGGACCACGGACUAGACUUUGUUACCAAUAUUGACGAUCUGGGCGACAAUAUCAUAGCGGCCGAUCUGCUUCAGCAGUUGGGCAGUUCGGUGUUCUACACCGAAACGCCUCUCGCAACGAACAUCAACAACGGUGCUGGACUCUGUGCCACCGGUACGCAGCAACAUGCCCAAAACCAACAACAACAGCAGCAGCAACAACAACAACAACAACCACAACAACAACAUCAUCAGCAGCAGAUUUUAUCGCAACCACCCGCGCUACUAUCGGCGAGAGCGCGUAUGGCAAUUGGUGAGAAACCCACCGACGAGAUGCGCUACGACACGACGUUCGGAAGUGAUUAUGCAAAGCCUCAGCUUGUGCCGGCUGUGCCACUUACAAUGCCGAUGGCGCAACAAAUGCAACAGCAACAACCACAGCAAACAACAUCAAUGGCUACGCAGCAGCAGCAGCAACAGCAGCAGUCGUGCAAAUGUGAAUUCUGCGAGUAUCUGCAAGCGAAUCGGAUAUCUCUCACCGGCGAUCACUCGUUUCAGUGCGAAUUCUGCGGCGAAGGCUUCUCGAAUCAGACCAGCUUCAACCGACAUCGCUGUGGUGGGAUGGACAUACAGAUAUACCGGUGUGAAACCUGCCGGCAAGAGUAUGGCAGCUCCAGAGCCGUCUCCAACAUCGGUAACUGUGAGCCCAGAGAUAAAUGUGAUAUCUGUAAUCGAACCAUCGUACAGUCGUUGCCAGAGGAGCAGGCGGCUUAUGGUCCCUCCUCGAUGGUAGCGGGCAGUUCUGCGAUAACUCCACAAACCACACCCGCGUCCAUGUCGGAUGGAACGAUCGACGGGACGAUUUCGAUGCUGGUCACCUCUCCCGAAGUGUCAAACGAAAGCGUCAGUGAUCUGAGCGCUAAUGUGCGGUCGAUAGUGAACAGUCCCAUCGAACAGCACGAUCUAAGCAGCAUCGAUCCAUUCGGGUCGGACAGUGAGUGUUUGGGGCAGUUCUUUGCAACGGAGGCAACGUCCACCUCACCCUGUACGGCUAGCACUACCGGUAGCAUACAGUGCACACCAAUGCCGACGAGUGCCAACAUCGGAAGCCUUCUUCCGACCACUGCGCUUCACCAACCAGAGUCCGCGAAAACGUACUUUGUGCUGGGGAACGUGGAUCAAUUGCAACAGUUCCAUGCAGCAGCGGCAGCAGCAGCAGCAGCAACAUCAGCCGUGCAGCAGCAACCCAGCAACAAUCUUCCAACGGUCACCAACAAUAGCUUCCAUCCGCUUCAUCUGCCACCGCCGGGACCAGGGCCUCAUCAGCAGCAGCAGCAACAGCUACCUUUCUCACUGCAGAACGUGGCGCCGGUCACCGCCGGGUCACAUCUGCCCAGUGAGCACGAGGUCACUAGUCUGCAGCAGUACGAUCAGUACGAUGAUGAGGACUACUCGUCCAUGUCCGAAGAUGAAGCUAUUGUUCCAAUAGAACCCUAUGCCAAAUCGCCCAACCAGGACCACGCCAAGACGGAGCUCCCGAUACAGGAGACAAUCGUCGACACUAGCACCGGCGGCAGCAGCACUGUCAUCCCGCUCCAGCAGUUCGGUUGUGGCGGAUUGCCAAGGGAUGAUGCUGCUCUCGGUCGCGCGCUGAUGACGCACGGCGUUGCACAGCACAUGCACGUUCAACCACAAUCACAGCCACAGCCACAACAUCACCACCCGUCUAAUCUAGCACAAACCAAGACACACCUGGAUGACGAUGAGGAAGGAAAAUGUGAUUCGUCAUCUCCAUCGCUCGGCAUAUUUGUCGGUGGUUCCACCGGAAUGGCGAAUGGCGAAGACAAAGGGACGCAGAAACCCCAAUCCUCCCUUGCCAACGGUUCCAACCUGGAACGGCCCUACAAGUGUCACAUCUGCGAACGUUCGUACCGGAAUCAGAAGAACCUGAAGUCACAUCUGAAGGUACACGAGGGCAUCCGCGCGUAUCAAUGUGAAAUUUGUGGUAAGAAUUUCUCCGGCUCCAGCUACCUGGUGAUCCACCGACGGCGCCACACGGGUGAGCGGCCAUUCAAAUGUGUCACGUGCGGGAAGGCGUUCGUUGAUUCGCGAGCACUAGCCGUGCACGCGCGUUUGCAUAGCGGCGAACGGCUCAAGUGCGAAAAGUGUGAGAAAACUUUCUCCAGCGUGAGUGCCCUCACGGUGCACAACCGGCUGCACACCGGCAUCCAUCCCUACAAAUGUGAACUGUGUGGCAAAACCUUUCCACAGUACAACAACCUGAAACACCACAUGAAAAAACACGAGCAACCGAAUGCCGCGGAAAAUCGAUCGCCCGUUAGCACUCCGCCGACCUGUGGCCCAGCGAUGUCCAACGGAGUCAGCACCACGAGCGGUUCCGGCCUCGCUUCGGGACGGUUGGGUCCGACGCUGCCGGCCGACGCGAACCCGAACGGAGCGGCACAUAUGGUGGCCAGCUCGACUACCGGGCCUCCGUUCGAGUACAAAUGUCACAUCUGCAGCAAACUGUACAAAUCCGCCGACGACCUGCAGGAGCACCUCGGCCAGCACAGCAAGGAUCGACCGAAUCAGUGCGAGUUCUGCUCGAAGGUGUUUCCGCGCUCGUCGCACCUCAUCAUCCACCGACGGCGACACACGGGCGAGCGACCCUUCAAGUGCAAAUACUGUGACAAAGCGUUCGUCGACUCGCGAGCCCUGUCCGUCCACACGCGUCUGCACACGGGCGAACGGGUAAAGUGCGAGAUCUGCGAGAAAACGUUCGCCAGCUCCAGCGGGCUCAUAGUGCACCGGCGCAUACACACCGGCGUGCAUCCGUACAAGUGCGACUACUGCGAAAAAUCGUUCGCCCAAUCGACGGCACUCAAGUACCACCUGAAGAAGCACGAUACGGCCCUGCUGCCCACGACGACCACGCCGGAAAGUGCCGAGUCACGGCUUUCCACGCUACCACAGCACGGUGCGGCCGAUCUAGGUCAGUGUCCACCGUUCGGAGACGACUCGACGGCGAACGGGAACGAUCGGUACAAGUGCACCGUGUGCAGCAAGGUGUUCCGAUCCUCCGAGUACCUGGUGCGUCACCGACGAACGCACAGCGGCGAGCGGCCGUACCAGUGCGAGAUUUGCGGCAAAAACUUCUCCACCAUGAGCUACCUUGUGAUCCACCGGCGUCGGCACACGUCCGAGCGACCGUACAAGUGUACGUCCUGCGAGAAGGCCUUCGUCGAUUCGCGUGCCCUGCAGGAGCACGCCCGGCUACACACUGGCGAUCGUGUGCGGUGCGAGAUCUGCCAAAAAACCUACUCCAGCGUAAGCAAUCUGAUCGUCCACCGACGCAUCCACAGCGGAAUCCAUCCGUUCGAGUGCGACAGCUGUGGCAAAUCGUUUGCCCAAAAAAAUGCCCUCAAGUACCACCUCAAGAAACACAACAAGCAGGAUCAAACAGAGCCGAUGGGCUAGUUCAUUGGUUCGUGCCGGAGGAUUAGCAGAGACUUCUCUAUCGAAAACAGCUAUUAUUUUCCGUUUGCACCUCUUUUCAUACGUACGGAAAUGUUGGACACCUCAGCGUCCACAGUCUUACUUAUUUUACGCAAUAUUUCUUACAGCAGCAUCUUGUGAUGCCAUUUGCAUGUCCACAGAGUGCAUGAGUGAAUUCGAUGUACAACCGAAACCAUUUACACACAACACACAACCACAUACACUACUUCUUCCACAUUUAAAUAAUAGUCACUCAACAAUACCAUUCAAUCAUUCCUCUCAGUCAGCGGGUUCUGGUGACGUUCGAGACGAACGGUGUUGUGCUGGUAGUUCAAAUUGUCUUUCCCCGAAAAACCGUCAUCCAGCUUCGGACGGGAUCGGGUUACAACGAAAUUCUCGUGUUUAGGUUAAAGCAUUACAUGAACAAAUUACAGGUUCGGAAUCGAAAUUGAUACUUUGUGAUCUCAACUAUUUUUUGGUAAAGGAAAGCCUCUGUUAGGCUACUCUAAAUCACUAUCACACACAUCCGGAUUGGAGCGUUCACCAGACCGCAUCACAUAACAAGCAUCAAUAGCCAUAAGCCAGCUACAACUUCAAUACAGAAUAUAUAAAUAUAGAACAGAUUCAUUGUAAUGUAAUAGUACCGUGUGCAAAUAACUCCAGUUUGUAACCCCAACCCUUCACACACACACACACAAACACACAUACAACCACCAAUCAUCAACAUGUUCAUCAUAAACCAGUUUGCCACCCCAUUUGAACCAACCCAAUACUAUAAUAGUGUACCAAUAGGUUAUGCAUACAGCAUAAAACGGACCCCGCCACAGACCAUAAACACCAGCAUCAGUGAAAUGUAUUUCAACUCCGUAAGCAAACCAAAUCAAUCGAUCCGGAUCGAUCCACGCAAUAGAGCUCAAAGUUCGUCUCACGCCAUGUCUCUGAGUAGGUGCCCUGUACAAGAUCGAUAGGCGAAAAUUGAACAGUAUUAUUUUAUUCUUUGAAACAAACGAAAAUGAGAAAACCAAACCAACUAAAAAACAACCCCAAAGUGACACAACACGACGACUGCAAUUUGGCGCAAGGCAGUAGUUACAGCGUUGGACGCAAGACGCGCAAACGAAACCCCAAAAGAAUAACGAAGAAAAAAUCAGGAGUUUUGUACAGAAAACAGAAACGAAGGUGAAUAGAAAAAUUGAGACUUGAUUCAAAGGAUAAUGCGAAGAGAAAGGAAAACAAAGGAUUUUUUAACGAAACAAAAGCUGAUGUGCAACAAUCGAAGGUCAACGAUCGAUCGAGUUUAUGUUGAUAGUUUCCGAUGGAGUCAGCAGGACGACAGCGGUCGUACACGCAGGGGUUUCCCUUCACGAAGCAAGUCCACCAAAGGAACUGUGUAGCAAAACAGUAUGGAAUACAAUAAAAAAAACCCAAAACAAAAUGCAA